AUGCUAGCACGAAACAGUUCGGGGUCGUCGUCCCAUGGCCACGAGCUUCCCGUGCUCACCCACACCAACUCCGCGUCGUGGGCCUUCACCAGCCAGGUGGACUCCAACCGGCUCCUUGUCUCAAGCUAUCUCUACAAGCGGUCCAGCAAGACCCACCAGUGGAAGAAAACGUGGGUGACGCUCCGCAAGUGCCAGCUCGGCUACUACAAGGACUCGUCCGAGCACAAGCCCAUCAAGGUCAUCAACAGAGCUGACCUCCUCUCCUUCAACGAGAUCCCUGACAACCACAAGUACCAUUUCGCCAUCUACACCAGCAAAAAGGUGAUCCACUUUCGGUGCGAGGACUCCAACGCAUUGCAUGCCUGGAAGCAUGCCUUGGGGGUGUUCUUCGAAGAAUCUGCCGACCUGUAUGUGGAGAAGUCUCCCCCCGAAAUGACCCUCUUGGGGCCUGUUGACCUUGAGUACUCAGGUCCCGAAGACAUGUACUUGUCUUCUGGGCUAUCGGACUCGCCCAUGCCUCACGACCAUAGCCACCAGUUCCAGCUUGCACAGCCCACCAUUGACGAAGAGGACGAAGACGACAUACGACGCAAGCCCCGCAGUGCCCAGGUACCGCCACCACCACUGGCAUCUUCAGAAUCGGAGCCUGACGAGUACUUGAUCGAGGAGGGGCACCUUCUCCGUCUUCGCAAGAGAUACAACCAGUGGAAACGACUUUACAUUGUGUUGACCUCGCGAGCGCUUUACUUCUACAAGAACGCUGGCGAUCAGAGCAAGCCCAUCAAGGUAAUCCCGGUGCUGGACCUCGUGGAUGUGAUCGAGCUUGAUCCCAUUUCUACCUCCAAAGUGUGGUGCCUACUCGUUAUCACACCGUUGAAGCGGUUGCGCUUCAAUGCCUCCAGCGAGGAAGAGAUGAUCCGUUGGCUCUCAGCAUUGAAAACGUUAAUAGCGCAGGGUAAACGCAUGGUGUAG